AUGCUUGAUUCGCUGAUUGUUACCCAGGUGCAAGAUGCUUCAAAUCCAGAUGACAAUUCGAACGCCUACGCUGUUACUUCGGUUAGCACUCGGGAAGGAUUUUUUGUGGACACAGGUGGUACGAAUAGUACCACCGCUCAAUUAAUAUUGGCCUAUCAGCAACAAGUUCAAUCAAUCAGUAAACCACCUCAGUUUGUUUUUCUUACGCAUGGCCAUCCAGAUCACACAGGUGGUAUUGCACUCAUUCAACGAACCUACUCUUCAACACCCAUAUACGUAGUCAGUCAACAAGUCGCUAAAGAAACCAUGCAAUGGAUUGACUUCAGUUGCGAGCGCAGUACUUUUUCUGGUGCACAAUGUAAUUUAAACUAUGCAAGCAUCUUGCGUGUUUUAACGUCACCACAAUCGCAACUUUCUUUCAGUCACCCAUCUAUAAAACUAAGAGCGAUAAACGAUUUAGUUAAAGGUGACUCAUCGUAUGCUGGCCUAUUAGAGUUGACUACUCCAUCCGGAAUCCCCUUUCUGUUCACUGGUGACUCAAUUGUCAUUCAAUCCCAUUUAUAUGUUAGCAAUUUCUUUGAAAAUCAAACUCCUCCUGCUAGUGACAAUGCUCUUUGUGAGUGGGCAGGCUAUAUGCAAGCAUCCGGCUGUGAAUUUCGUAGCAAUCGUCGAUUUAUCAUCUUGCCAGGUCAUGGUCCUGUCAGUCAUGCAAAUAGAUACACUCAGGAUAUAGCACUGAAUAUUGAUUGGAUACGAGCAUUGCGUAGAUUGACAUUUAACAGUUGCAACAUCUCCUACGUCUGGUCUCAAAUGAUUCGUCAAUAUCCAAAUUUUGUCAGCAAGGAUUUUGAUAUGAAGGGUGCUCUCAAUACACAUGUACCUGCCAAUGCAAAUAGCGUUGGUUGCAAAUGUAACAACGGCUUUCCCGCUAUCUGCCCAAUGUACAAUGAACCACCAAGGUGCCGUUAUUUAGAUAACAAUAUUGGCGAUGCACAACUCUCUUGCAGCACUCGAUCUUCUUUUCGUAAAAAUACGUAA